AAUCAUUGAAAGGGCGCUGUGCGGCUGAUUUUAAUGGCAGAACAAACUGCGGAGGUGUGUUGAUGACAAACCUGACAACAAACUCGACAACAGACCCUCUCGGCCGAGCGACAUCUGUUCCUGCCGACCUAGGGUUCAAACAUGGCGCUGUCAUUCCUCUUGGUCCUGGCAGCAACAGUGAUACUCAUCAGACCGGAGACACGUGUAACCAAGGCGCUACAUCAUAACUCACUGGAGUGCUGCGGCGACAAACAGCGGACCAACAGUUCGUGUUUGAACGACACUCGCUGCGAGCCAGGAUGCUUCUUCCGUGUGCUGGAAAGCAGCAGCAUAAUUUGCAUACAGUGUGACUCUGCGACUGUAGACGCUGACAACGUAACAACUUGCACUUACAACUACACGAUGGACAGGAAAAACCACACGACAGUCACAACUGUCAUGCCUAAAAUUGGAGGCCCAGGCGUGGCCGCCUCGCUUCUUCUUGGAACGCUAUUGAUUAGUCUGUUCCUGAUCCUGUCCGUCGCCUCUUUCUUCUACCUCAAACGCUCACAUCGACUCCCGAGCAUCUUCUACCGCCGCAACAAAGCCUUCAUCUUUCAGCCAAGCGAGACUGCUGUCAUGAUUUCCUCCUCGACAGCUAGGAAACAAAGAUACAUGCGGCGGGAGAGGCCCUCCGUGGCGCAGAAAAGCAACAUCACGCACGCUGCACCCACCACACGGGUCUAUAACGUGUAGGAUCUUGGAGCCCAAAUGACUUGUGAAAGGAGUUGGUGACAAAAUGUAGUGACGUCAUUGGUCAGUUCGUAUUUAAGCUCGUCACACUUGAACUCAACCUAUUUAUCAGUCUGUGCUCUUCUUACGUACAGUCGACGCAUUGACGCUGCACUCACAGUUGAGGUCUUAUUGAAGUAGCUUUUUGAGAGCCUAUAUAUUUUUUUAUGUCUUAAACAUUGCAGUAGCUCAGAACCAAGACGCCUUUCAUUGCAAUCAUUAUCAUGCUGCUCGAGUUUUAGUCAACACUCAUGCCAGCGACGCCACUCUCAUGGUUUCAUAAACGGUGAGCUAUUACAGCUAUGCGUUUAUUGGUUUGAGGCUAACAUGCAUCGACCGCUUAGGCCAGUGACCUAGUUGGGUGAUGGUGACAAAGCAUCAUCACUGUUUGUGUUCUUUUUAGUGUGUGUGAAUCUAGCUUUUGCAUUGGUCUCCUUUUUUAUGUUUGUGAUUGUAUGAGUGAUGUUUUUCUAUUUAUUAGUUGUCUCCCAUCAGCCAAAGUGAAUGUAUUUGCCAAGUUUGUGCCACACGUCAGUUAUCUGCAUACGCAAUGUUUACCUAUUUAUUUUAGCGUAACACAAAGAUCCAUGUCCAAAUUGAUGAAUACCCAUUGUCAAUACAAGCGUAAACAAUGUUCUAAAAGUAUAUGUAUUCGAAUGGCGGGGUCAUGAUCUGAUACUGAUAUUGGAUAUAGGUCCGAUAGCAGAAUUGUAUCGGCUUGCAUGUAACAUCUCCAAAACAAACAGUCCGGAGGAGUGUUUACUUGUGCAUAGCUGUGCAGUCAGCUAAAAUCCUGCAAUAAUCUUUCAUUUACAAAAGGUGAACAUGGUAGGGUAUUAGGAGCGAGCAGCUACACAACAACUUAGCACACAAGCUAGACAAAUUGAAUUAAUUACUUCUCAAUUUUUUUCUGUUACCCCCCUGAAUAUAAAUAGUAUCAUUUGUCUACAAAAAUGUUCUUAUUAGUGCCACUCUGCAAAACAUUGUAUCAUUAUUAACAUUAAAGAAAACAAAAUAAGAAAGACAUAUAGAUCAAUUUACAACAAAGAAUCAUUUUAUUAACAUUGAUUUUUAGCCUGUAACAGAAAAGAUUUAAAGUGAAAUAAUUUGCCUGAGAUUAAAAGGUAAAUAAUCCUUAUUUAAACUAUAAACAUUUUCACUGACUUGGAUAAUUUGAUACUGAAAAAUAAAACUAAAUAAAUAAUAAUGAAUUUUAAAAUUGAUCAGCAACAUCAACUCAGAAGCCCAAUGCAGUAUAUAAAAUACUUUAAAGGGGAACUGCACUAGUUUUGGAAUGUUGCCUAUUGUUCACAAACAUUAUGAGAGACAUGACGACAAAUGUUUUUUUUUAAUGCAAUCUAACUUGUAGAUAAAAGUCCGCUUACAAUGGAGCUAAUGGGAGGUCCUCUAUUCCGCCCUUAAAACCCAAUAAAUAACCAUUCAAAAAACGCCAACAAUACUCCAUUUACAUUACGUGACUUAAAUAUUAACCAAGUAUUAGUGAUAUUGUUAUUAUAAGCUCUGACGCAGACAAACUAUAGCGGCGCCGUCAUCACAAGCUUGUGGGCCUAUGUUGCCGUCAUCGAGUGGUAAGAUGCUUCCUUGCUUGUGGAGGUUUAUUGUAAAUCAUAAAUCAUGCCUCUCACCUGGCUAGUAGAAGGAUGAGGACGUAAUACAAGCUGGUACACUUUGACAGCCAAUUUAGACCCGGAAAUGGUGAGAAAUACAUAUAAAGGCGCAAGGUUCCACCUUCAUCUAAACAGGGCUGUAACAACGUUCCAUCAAUUGGCAUUCUAAUGACAACAGACCUUGUACAGUAAGUGAUGUUUUAUUAUGUUUGUUGGCUCUCAUGAAGUCUGCAGUGAGUAAUAAUCAGUUAUGUUAAAAAAAAAACCUUUGUGAUUCGUUUUUUUAAUGAAUGCGCUAGGGGUGUGGGAAAAAAUCAAUUCGAAUUCGAAUCCCGAUUCUCACGUUGUGCGAUUCAGAAUCGAUUCUCAUUUCUUUAAAAAUCAAUUUUUUUAAUUUUUAUUUUUGAUUUAAUUUUUGAUUUUUUUUAUUUAUUUAUUUUUAAAUUAAUCAAUCCAACAAAACAAUACACAGCAAUACCAUAACAAUGCUAUCCAAUUCCAAAACCAAACCCGACCCAGCAACACUCAGAACUGCAAUAAACAGAGCAAUUGAGAGGAGACUCAGAACAAACCAAAAGUAGUGAAACAAAAAUGAAUAUUAUCAACAACAGUAUCAAUAUUAGUUACAAUUUCAACAUAGCAGUGAUUAAAAAUCCCUCAUUGACAUAAUCAUUAGACAUUUAUAAAAGAUAAAAACAAUUAACUAUAGUGUCACAGUGGCUUACACUUGCAUCGCAUCUCAUAAGCUUGACAACACACUGUGUCCAAUAUUUUCACAAAGAUAAAAUAUGUCAUAUUUUUGGUUCAUUUAAUAGUUAAAACAAAUUUACAUUAUUGCAAUCAGUUGAUAAAACAUUGUCCUUUACAAUUAUAAAAGCUUUUUACAAAAAUCUACUACUCUGCUUGCAUGUCAGCAGACUGUGGUAGAUCCUGCUGAAAUCCUAUGUAUUGAAUGAAUAGAGAAUUGUUUUGAAUCGGGAAAAAAUCGUUUUUGAAUCGAGAAUCGUGUUGAAUUGAAAAAAAAAAAAAUCGAUUUUGAAUCGAAUCGUGACCCCAAGAAUCGAUAUUGAAUCGAAUCGUGGGACACCCAAAGAUUCACAGCCCUAGAAUGCGACGUGUAUGCUUAAAAUGAGCAAAAUAUGUAAAUACUGAAUAUAAAUGUGCCUUUUACUACUUUACAUAUAUAUUUACAUCUUGUAUAUAAAACUUUAAUGGAGGUGUUUGGAUGUUUUUUUAAGGGCUUUAUAGGCAGAAUGGAGCGACUCACAUAGGCUCCAUUGUAAGCGGACUUACAUAUAUUUACUAAUUAGAAUGCAUUAAAAAGAGAAAAACGUGUUUUAUAUGAGGAUUGUGAAUGAUUCAAUAAAAAAGUGAUAUUCCCCUUUAACCUAAAAAACUAAACGAACAAAACAACUUGGGCUGAUUUUUUUCUUGUUUUUGUCGAAAUGAGAAAGUCAGAAUUAAUGGCUACAAUAAGCACUCUUUCUGAUGCACAGCUUUUUGAAGCAUGAUACUGAUAAAACAUGUUCCUUGGCGGUCACACACUAUCCACCAGGUAUUGUACUGCACCCCCCAGUAGGGCCUGCUCUAAUAUUUGAGGACUGCCUUAAUUGAACAAUAUUGCAGUUUGAAACCGCACAUUUGUCAAUAUAAAAAAGUAUCACAUUAUAGUUUUAUAUUACUUACACAUACAAAUCUCCAAGGCAAAAGUGUAUUAGAAAGUAUCCAGUAACGUGUCCGCAUCAUUCUUACUGUGUCAUUAACUUAAUGAAUUCUUGUGACCAGUAAGUGCUACCAAAAAACUAAUUACCACUCUACCUCAGUGUAAUUAAAGACAGCAUAAGUCCAUUCCAGAUGGUUAAUAAUCAAUAGGUUAGUGUUUUUAAUGACGACCAUUGUUCUGUUUUGAGUAAUUUCAUUCGCUCAAACACUCCAAACUAUAAAAUAAUUAAAUAAUUUAUGAUUUGCCUUAAUAUCGUAUUAGAUCCAUAUCGGCAUGGUCCAGUACGCAAGGCUCCAAUCUCGGUAUCGUAACGGAAGUGAAGAAGUUGUAAUGAGAAAUCCAUAAUUAAAUUUCCUUUUUAGAAUGUGGCUAAAGAUUGUUAAAUCAGGGAUAUGAAUUAUUUCAAAUCAGUGACAGGAUCUUAGUAAGGUGCACCAGUAAAAUAUUUAAUUGUCAACAAGCUGGAAACAUUUUAAAUAUGACUACUGGUAGACUUCCUUUGCCAGUAACUGCGGAGAGAAUGGAAGGCAAUGGCGAGAUUUAAAGGCAUUGGGAAAUCACUGCUGACUGGACAUUCCAGUGGCCUUCUUACUGAAUGCACCACUUGUCAAAAGCAGGCUGCUAAAGGUUUUAUUUGACAUAUUUUGAUGACACUUGAGGUUGUGGUAACAAGCACAGGAAGUGAUCACAUGACUUAUUGUUUUUCCCAUGUUGACUGGUGUGCGUGUUGUCAACGAAAACACAUUGUUUUUAUACAGAUAAUAUUGUUUUGUAACGUGAUGAAGAUUGUUGUAAAUGUCUGCAGAAAUAAAGCACCUUCCUGAAAGAC